AAUAGAAGACUGCCGACAACUCUGGACGCAAACCUCUAUUGGGUGUUUGUUUUGUUUCAGUUUGCUUAAUUUCCUGUUGCUUUAAGAAGAUGAACAAUGAGACCUCGACACCGAUAUCCUUGAGGGUGGCGAUGAAAAGAAUAGGUAACAAACUCCAAGCUUUAGAAGCACAAUUCAAAGAGCUGGACUUGACCAAGGAUAAUCUUACAGAAAAAUUUGAAAAUCACAGCAAGACUUUGGCAAGUCAGGCAGCGCAAGAUGAGUUAUGGACAGCAGUUCUGGCUCUAAAGCUGACUUCAAUGGAAUUGAAUAUUUUAUACAGCUAUGUCCUUGAAGUACUCAUCUUCUUGCACACGCGUGUCCUUCGGAAGCUCCCGACCCUGGUGAAAAGUCUUCCCACCUUGACCUCUGUCCUUAGACGGAAAGCCAAGAACAAGCACAUCAGAGAUGUGUGGGAGUCUGUUCUGCAGGACUGUGGGCUCCAAGAAGGGGAUAUCACAGCCCUCUGUACCUUCUUUAUUGCACAUGGUAACAAAGCCGAACACUGCCCUGCUACAGCAAGACAGAUGUACAUCAGGGAUGUCACUUUGAUGAUUACUGACAUGGUGAAAAACCAGGCUUUGCAGGACGCGCUGCUGAGUGCUGUUCAGGUCAUUGAGAAAGGCAAAGUGGUGAGGGCCUGCAGAGAGCAAAAGUCAUCCCUAAAGGAGUUGAUACCAUCAGUCAAAAAUUAACCUGGCUAAAAAAAAAUUAAACCUGGUACCUUUCACUUCUAGCAAUUACCUUGCAAGUGGAAGAAAAACAUGAAUGUGUAAAUUUAGAUAUUAGAGGUUUAUUUUUAUCAUAAAAGUGAGGGGAUUGUUCAAGAAAUUGAAAGGAUUCAAUACAAUACAUUCUGUAUAGCCAUAUAGAAGAAUGAAGACAUUCUUUGUAAUGAUAUGGAGUUAUCUACAGGAAGAAUUGUUGUUUUCUAGAUGGCUGCUUGAUAUACAUGGCUAACAUGAAAAUUUGGUAAAAACAAAGAUAUAUAAUCACUUGCAUAACCAUAAACUUGUGGAGAGAUACAUUAAAAAGUAUUAACAUUGGUUGUGUUGGAGAGGAAAAUUAAGAUACUAGGAGAUAGGAAGGUAGGAUGGAAUUUUUUCACUGUUUCUGUUUGGUACAUUUUGAGAUUUGAAACACAUGACUAUAUUGCUUCUUUGACAAAUUAACAAUACAGAGCACCUGUAAAAUGGCAUGAGCAUGGUGUUGGAGGCACCUGACUUCCCCUGACUUGAUAGUGAGGAGAGAGAAUCGCCAUCAGUAACCUAGGAUUGAUUCCAGGGCCGUAAAGGUCAGACAUACCUCCUUUGGCUGCCACCAACCUUGCUACCAAUGCUGAGAGCAAUUGUCUCUCCCACUGGACUACUUCUCUCCUGGUUUGAUAAUUCAUUUAAAUGGCCACAAAGAUGAUAUUCAAAAUUAUGGGGUUUAUUAUGUAAGGAACAGGUUACAAAUUAGGAUCAGGAAAGAUUCAGGAUAGAAUUUUUUUAAAAUCAGGGCAGCCUCUUUUCAGCCAUGCCUACCAGCAGGCCUCUCUCCCUGGCCUUUCGCCUAGUGCACCUCUUAGCCUGGUCCAGCCACUGUCACCAGCAUCCAGGUUCUUGAUUUACCAAGAAAAAGGAUUACUUUUGGAAGAUAUAGGGCAUUGCAGAAGAUUUUUAUCUAGACACUCCUAAAGAGGAAGAAAUCCUUACCAGCCAGCAUAGCCAGCCUUGAUAUCUCUUGCCGCCCAUACACCUACUCAGUAUUUUAAGAGUUCUUGCACACUUGAGAUUCUCAGGAACUUCCUGGGAUGGCGAAGUAUUCUGGAAAAUGUAGCUCCAUGAUGUCGUCAGGGACUCUGCACAUGCUGUGUCCAACUCUCCAGCUUUGCUCCUAUGCUCUGUCUCCGUUACAGAGCUCUUUAGCUGCACCAGUAAAUGUCCACUCCACCAGCAGGCCUCCUGCACGAAGGCCCUCAGCUUUCUUGCUCCAAGGACUGCAGACUGCCCUGUGACAUCUUGUUCCAGUCUCCUGCUGCCAUUCCUCUGCUACUGCUCUUCACCAGCUCUAGUAUUACCGUUCUGGUUUCUAGAUCUAGGUGGUAUCCGUCUAGGGACCCUAGGUCCAGAGAAUGUGCUCUACUCCCAUGUCUUCUAUAUGGUGGUACUUGGGUCCUCCUUUUCCACCUCUGGAGUGGCAUUUAUUGCCCAGCAGGCUGGCAAAAUUGAUCAGUUCCCUCAUCAUGGUUCCAUAAAUCAUAUUUGCAUGGUCUCACCUUAUUUGCAUCGUCCCACCCAAUCAUUUGGUGGGCCUUACAAGACUAGGCUAGAAAGGCCAUGUCCAGUGACCCAUUACACUGUAGGUCUCUACCUAGCAUCAUCUAACACAUCAUAGACAGCCUGGGUACAUAGCUCUGUAAGCUGCUGCUAAAGGUUGGUGUGUCAUGGAAGAAAGGCCUGGUGAAUUAUAUCCAUAAAGCUCACAGCCGAGAAAAGUCUACAGAGCACUAAUACUCUGUAAAACACGGGGUCAUCAUGAGUUGUAUUUUUUUGUUUAAUAUAUAUCAUGGGAUGCUAGAAAUUAUAUGUUGAUGUAUACUUUAGGACAGUACUUUAGUUGUUUA